AUGGUUACCACCAGCAUGGUUACCACCAGCAUGGUUACCAGCCCACAUGGUUACCACCCCACAUGGUUACCACCCAGCAUGGUUACCACCAGCAUGGUUACCACCAGCAUGGUUACCAGCCCACAUGGUUACCACCCAGUAUGGUUACCACCCCACAUGGUUACCUCCUCAGCAUGGUUACCACCCAACAUGGUUACCACCCAGCAUGGUUACCACCCCACAUGGUUACCAUCCAGCAUGGUUACCAUCCCACAUGGUUACCACCCAGCAUGGUUACCACCCCAUGGUUACCACCCAGCAUGGUUACCAUCCAGCAUGGUUACCACCCCACAUGGUUACCAUCCAGCAUGGUUACCACCCAACAUGGUUACCACCCAGCAUGGUUACCAGCCCACAUGGUUACCACCCAGCAUGGUUACCACCAGCAUGGUUACCACCCAGCAUGGUUACCACCCCACAUGGUUACCACCCAACAUGGUUACCACCCAGCAUGGUUACCACCCCACAUGGUUACCUCCCCAGCAUGGUUACCACCCAGCAUGGUUACCUCCCCAGCAUGGUUACCACCCAGCAUGGUUACCUCCCCACAUGGUUACCUCCCCAGCAUGGUUACCACCAGCAUGGUUACCACCCAACAUGGUUACCACCCCACAUGGUUACCUCCCCAGCAUGGUUACCACCCAGCAUGGUUACCACCCAGCAUGGUUACCACCCUACAUGGCUACCUCCUCAGCAUGGUUACCAUCCCACAUGGUUACCUCCCCAGCAUGGUUACCACCAGCAUGGUUACCCCCCAGCAAGGCUACCAAGAUCUCACACUUUGUCACUGAAAAGCGGUCCCUUCCUGUCAGGGCUGCAGGCAGUUCCAGGCUUAGCCACACACGAGGCUAG